AUGGUACAAGAAACAGCAGAAGGGGAAAAUUACACCCUUGUCACAGGUGUCUUUUCCAUUGAGGGGAGUUCAGAAAACUUGGAAGAGAAUUUGGCAUUAAAAGGAACAGCUGUACAGUCGUCCACAUAUUCCACCUGGGGAGCUGCAAACGCCAUCGACGGCAUCAGAUACGCUCCAGGUUUAGCCUCAAGUUGCUCCCACACAGAAUACGAUCUCAGCCCAUGGUGGAGGCUGGACCUGCUGGAUUCUUAUCACAUUUACAACGUGACCAUCACCAACAGAGCCGACUGCUGCUCGGAGCGCAUGACUGGAGUUGAGAUCCGCAUCGGAAACUCUCUGGAAAACAACGGCAACAACAAUCCCAGAUGUGGUGUCACUUCACUGGUUCCAGCAGGCAGUUCUGUCAGUUUCUCUUGCGGUGGAAUGGAAGGUCGUUAUGUGAACAUGUACCUCCCUAACAUCCAGGAGUAUCUCACACUGUGUGAGGUGGAGGUUUAUGGAACAGUUCAAAUGGAGGCAGAGAAAGAAGUGAAUGUAGCAACAUGGGGAACAGCCAAUCAGUCAACAUUAUAUUAUGACUGGUAUGCCGAAAAUGCUCUGGAUGGGUCGAACUACACCUGUAGCAGUACUAUGUGGGAAAGUGACCCGUGGUGGAGACUGGACCUGAUGAAGACGUACAGCGUGAACAGAGUGACCAUCACUGACGUACCCGACUGCUGUGUAAAUGGAGCAGAGAUUCGGGUUGGAAAUGUUUCUUCAAAUGUUUCCAGUAACCCUGUAUGUGCUGUAGUUUCUAAUAUCCCAGCAGGAGCUACCUACAGCUACUCGUGUGAUGGGAUGGAGGGACGUUAUAUCACUGUUAAUAUUCCUGGAGAUUCACAACAGUAUCUCACUGUCUGUGAAGUGGGAGUCUAUGUGAUUUUUCCAGGUAAUUUGGCAACAGAAAGAAACGUCACACAAUCAUCAACCAAUGGCAGCUUGAUCUCUGAACAGGCCAUUGAUUUCAAUCCAGGAUUCACACAACCAUGGUCAGCAUGUUUCUCAACCAAUGUUCAGACUAACCCAUGGUGGAGGGUGGAUCUGAGUUUUAUUUACAGAGUAAGUAUAGUCGUAAUCACAAACAGACUAGACUGCUGUCCUGAACGAAUAAAUGGAGCGGAGAUUCGAAUUGGAAACUCUUUGGAGAACACUGGCAACAACAAUCCCAUAUGCACUGUGAUUUCUAGCAUUCCAGCUGGUGUUUCCUCCACCUACAUUUGUAACGAUAUGGAGGGUCGAUACGUGAAUCUGAUCAUUCCUGGAGAUUCAAAAAUUCUUACCCUGUGUGAGGUGGAGGUCUAUGGAGAAGGUCCUUUACUGAAGAGAACUUUCCUGAAGAUGAAACUGAAGUCCAGUUGGAGUCUGUCUGAUCCUGCGGUGAGAGUCCAGCUCCUGUCACAGCUCCAGUCUGUUUUGGUGGAACGAGGGUUUUCUGACGUGACGCUGCAAUGGUCUCAACCGCCAGAACAGGAAGUGAUGCGGAAGGAAGCUGCACCAGCUAAAUGUGCUGUAAGAAAGAGAAGAUGAUGAUCAUGGUGAUGAUGAUGAUGAUGAUGAUGAUAUGGAAACCUAAACUCUCUUCGGUUCAGCUUUGACAACCCUAGACUGUUUUCUACUAACUUGGCCUGACAAGUUUAUUUACAUUUACAUUAUGUUUAGUCAUUUAUCAGAUGCUUUUAUCCAGAGCGACUUACAAAUGAGGACAAUGAAAGCAAUCAAAAUCAACAAAAGAGCAAUGUUAUGCAAGUGUAAUGACAAGUCUCCGCUUUAAGUUAGCUUAAUGCAGUACAAGUUUUUUUUGUUUUUUGGGGAGUAUCAUGCUACAAUUAUAAGUUAGGUAGAGCAAUUUCAGCUGUGAGUCCCUUAAUUACGUGUGCAGACAAAAUUAAAAAGAGAAGUAUCAGAUAGGAUAGACAGAUAGAUCAGUAAGAAAACAGAAAAAAGAGAAGCAAAAAGGGAAAAAUAAAAAUAAGGAGUAAGGAGUGGAGUUAAUGAAAAUGACAAACACCUGCUCCAUUUUCCGGUCUCGAGUCCCACAGAGGAUCUCCAGAAGGACAAAAAGAGGAGGAACGACAGUGAAGGAAGAGAGAGAACCAGGCCUGGGUUUUAUUUUGGUUUUUAUUUUGUUUGUUCACGGCAGUCGACUGUGAGGGGCUGUAACACUGUUGUGUGCUUAUUAUUAAAGUUUUUAUUUGAA